CAAAUUAAGGAGCCUAAUGAACGACUCAUUUCACUCGGUUCCCAACGUUGACCGAAAAGAGCCGGUCAUUCGCGAACGACCCGAUCAUUAGGCUACUUCAGACGCGGUGUGUUCUGGCAGGAAUGUCACGUUCUAAACAUCAUUGCCAGUUGUGGUCUUUUAAAAAAUAAUACAAUUUUGACCUGGGUGCGGGGCAGGUACGACACGCGGGAGAGGACAGACCUAGGAAGAGUAAACACAUUUCCUAGCAAGCGCGCACAGAAAGCUGAGCGGAGCAGAUGUGUGAAGGUUGUUAGAUUGGACAUUUUUGAUUUUUUUAAAACAUUUUUUGGAAAGGGAAUGGCAUGUCUUAUGGCAGCAUUUUCUGUUAAUAACGCAAUUGUCACCAACUCCAUCAUAAUGAACACCAAUGGUCCUCCUGAUCUGAUGCUGGACCCCAGGGUAGUGUGUGUAUCUAUCAAUGAGGUGGGAUCCAGUAAUGUAAGCAGUCAACAGACUCCUUUGUUACAUGGGCAUCUCAAGAAAGUGGAGAACAGUCUCACUGAAGCUCAGCGCUUUUCCUACCUGCCACGUCGACCAGCAGUUAACAUUGAAUUCAAAGAUGUCUGCUAUUCAGUUCCAGAGGGACCAUGGUGGAGAAAGAAAGGUUACAAGACCCUUCUGAAAGGAAUCUCUGGGAACUUCACCAGCGGGGGCUUGGUGGCUAUCAUGGGUCCCUCAGGAGCUGGGAAGUCUACGCUGAUGAAUAUUCUGGCUGGCUACAGGGAGACGGGAAUGAAGGGGAAGAUCCUAAUCAACGGCCAACCUCGUGACCUGCGGUCCUUCAGGAAGGUGUCGUGCUACAUCAUGCAGGACGACAUGCUCCUGCCCCACUUCACAGUUCAGGAGGCCAUGAUGGUGUCUGCAAAUCUGAAACUACAGGAAAAGGAUGAAGGCAAGAGAGAGAUGGUUAGGGAGAUCCUGAUGGCCCUUGGACUACUUGAGUGUGCAAAAACCCAGACGUCACGUCUUUCAGGGGGGCAGAGGAAAAGGCUUGCCAUUGCCCUGGAGCUUGUCAACAACCCUCCGGUGAUGUUCUUCGAUGAGCCAACCAGUGGCCUGGACAGUUCCUCGUGCUUCCAGGUGGUGUCUCUGCUGAAGGCUCUGGCCCAGGGGGGACGCACUGUCAUCUGUACCAUCCACCAGCCCAGCGCCAAACUCUUUGAGCUCUUCAACAAGCUGUAUGUCCUUAGUCAGGGCCAGUGUAUCUACAGAGGUGAAGUGCCUAACCUGGUCCCUUACCUCAGAGAGCUGGGCCUCAACUGCCCAACGUACCACAAUCCUGCCGACUUUGUGAUGGAGGUGGCAUCUGGAGAGUACGGAGAUCAGACAGCUCUUCUUGUGAAGGCAGUGGAGGAGAGGAAAUGUGAGAAGGACUACAAGACAGACUUGGAUGGACCACUUAACCCCUUCCUGUGGCACAAAUCUUCAGACGAGGACUCCUCCUCUGGUGAGGGCUGCCACAGUUUUUCGGCCAGUUGUCUCACUCAAUUCUGCAUCUUGUUCAAAAGGACGUUUCAAAGCAUCCUUAGAGAUACGGUGUUGACUCAUUUAAGAAUCACCUCUCAUAUCGGCAUUGGGAUUCUGAUUGGCCUGCUCUACCUGGGCAUCGGCAACGACGCCAAGAAAGUCCUCAGCAACUCUGGCUUCCUCUUCUUUUCUAUGUUGUUCCUGAUGUUUGCUGCUCUCAUGCCCACUGUGCUAACCUUCCCCUUGGAGAUGGGAGUGUUCCUAAGGGAGCACUUGAACUACUGGUACAGUCUGAAGGCUUACUAUCUGGCCAAGACCAUGGCGGACCUCCCCUUCCAGAUAGUGUUUCCAGUUGUCUACUGCAGCAUCGUCUACUGGAUGACAUCCCAGCCACCUGACGCCGUACGUUUCAUCCUGUUCCUUGCGCUGGGAGUCCUCACCUCUCUCGUGGCCCAGUCUCUAGGACUGCUAAUAGGAGCCGCCUCCACCUCACUACAGGUUGCUACAUUCGUCGGUCCGGUGACGGCCAUCCCUGUUCUGCUUUUCUCUGGCUUCUUCGUCAGUUUUGACACAAUUCCAUGGUAUCUUCAGUGGAUGUCGUACAUCUCAUAUGUCAGGUAUGGCUUUGAAGGUGUUAUCCUCUCCAUCUACGGGCUGGACCGGGAGGACCUCCACUGUGACAAGGAUGAAACAUGCCACUUCCAGAAAUCUGUGGCCAUCUUGAAAGAGCUAGACGUGGAAGACGCUAAACUGUACCUUGACUUCAUUGUGCUUGGCGUCUUCUUUGUGACCUUUCGAAUCCUUGCGUACUUUGUGCUGCGCUACAAGAUCAGUGCAGAAAGGUAGGCUGGGGAGAGGGGGUAGGAUGAAGAAGGCCCAGAUCCCAGGAAAGGCUCCUUCAAGCUGGGAUGCAGCUUCUUGAGACACCCCGUUUCUCCUCUGGACAGUUGCCCUGAACCACGCCAUGUAAAACAGACCGUCCGGGGAAGGUACUGAAUACACAUGCCAGUUGUGUGAAGGUGUGCAUGCUGUAUGCAUCUACUGUGCCUACACAAAGAUGGCAAAGCAGGGUUCAGUGUCUCAGACCAUUGCAGAUUCCAAGAUUACAGAAACUUUCUAGUUUAAAAACCCAAGUCUAUUGGGUUGUUGAAGGCAAGAAGCAAGAAUGUAGAUGUAAUUGCCUUGUGCAGUAUUGCAGUACAUGCAAGAGUUUGGUGUUGAUAGUCUCUUGACUAGUCUGUAGUAUUCAAACUGGUGGAAUAGCUUACUAGAAGGACAAAGGAAAAGUCACACUUAAACAGGAGCUGGUCUCCAGUGAGUGUAUAUUAUAUAGAACUGCCAGAUCAAACAUAGCUAAUCCAGGAUCAUCUUUAAACAAAAGGAGAUCUACAGUAUAGCUUGUUGCUAUGUUAUAUCAAAUAAAUCGCAUAUUUUAAUCAUAUGACAGACUUUACAGUACUGGGAUAUAGUUAAUCAUAUUUGAGACUGGCAUUGCUUACUCUGGGAGGGGUUUCCAGAAAGAAUUGAUUCACUUUACAAGCCAGCCGGUCUUUCGGCAAGGCCAUGAAAUCUUCUGUGUUGUAACCAACAAAUUCAUCAAACCAAGCACGGUCGUGGCAUGGGCGAGGAAAAUCUUCUGUGCUUGAAGAAUCAAAUGAAUCAGCACUGUCCCACUACUGAUACGUGUAUGCAUAUGGGUUUUUGAGAAAAAUGAAGCAUCCCGGAUCAGGGGCCUGUGCUUGGGAUUACAGGGCUUGGAUAGUUCCAGGAAAACGGGGCAUAUUACCUCUGAUGUGGCCGUAGCAGGCUUAGUAUUUAAGUAUCUCAAGUCUGAGGCAUCAAGCAAAACUAUGUGGUUUUAAUGGAAAAUAUAAUGCAGUUUUAUAUAUUAGUCACAUUCAGUCAUGUAAAAGGAAUUGAGAAAUAUUGAGAAAUACCUAGAAUUGAGACAUGGCUUACACUGGUUAACCCUCUGUCACACGGUCAAAUCAUUACAACAAACAUAUGACAUUCUGAGCUUGGGUUUGUAUAUUCUGUCAACCAUACCAAAGGGAUAUAAUACUGCCAGCUUUCUAUAAGCUAUGACGUGACCUCCUGGGAGCUUGUCCAUACGCAGGUUUUUAUUUGUUAGCCAAAGCGGGAGGAGCAUGCCAUGUUACACACUGCCCACAUUACAGUAUGUAAACCUCAAGUGUAUUGGAAUAUAAAGCAGUGUGAAUGCAUUAAAGGGAUAGUUCACCCAAAUUGCAAAAAGUACACAUUGGUUUUUUUACCCAGUAAUCUAUGUAUGGACAAGACCCCAAUCCAUGCUUUGGUUUUGUUUAUCCGGUAUCGGUCUCCAAAUGCUGACUUCUGACUAUUCAUGGCUUAAAUCCAAUGUGCUAUAUAGGUGAACUAUGCCUUUAAGAUAUGAAUUAAGCAUAAAAAUGGAUGUACAAAUUGCAUAAUGACAGCAGGACUGCUUGAAAGUAAUUAAUCAGCUCCAUUUAUCCUGUGGUUUACUUAUAUGGCUGUAAUAAUUAUUGUGUAUAUAUUUUUUUUAUUAAACAUGAGACUGUUUUA